CGUCACUGUCGCUAAAAACAUUGGAGCAGGAAAAAAAGUGCAACAAAAACGCUGUCGAACACGAAGCUACAGGAAUGUUUUCCUAUUUUUAAGAAAAUGUGUUGAUUUGUGAGAUAAUAUAUAUUUUUAUUUUUAUAUAUAUAUAUAUAAUCCACAACUUGUCUUCAUUUGAUCGUCAUCCAUCUUGAAAACGGUCGAGUUUGCGUCACUAGCAGCCCUCGAUAGAUAGCUUUGUGUUGACCAAAAUGGAUGACAGCAAGAUGGUGGGAGGUAAAGUGAAGAAACCCGGUAAACGAGGCCGUAAACCCGCUAAAAUUGAUCUGAAAGCCAAGUUGGAGAGGAGUCGUCAGAGCGCCCGUGAGUGCCGAGCCAGGAAGAAACUCCGGUAUCAGUAUCUGGAGGAACUCGUGUCCAGCAAGGAGAGGGCCAUCUGCGCCCUGAGGGAAGAGUUGGAGAUGUACAAGCAGUGGUGUACAGCCAUGGACCAGGGGAAGAUCCCGUCUGAGAUAAAGGCUCUACUGACGGGAGACGAACAGAACUCCUCCACCAAGACCUCGAAGAACAGCAACCAGAGCUGAUGUGUUGGCGGCGCCACACCAGAACUAGUCCGACUGUCCGUUUUUUGUUUUGAGGUGACAGACCCGGGUGAUAUUCAUUAUGGGGGGAAAUUAUAUCAAACGUUGUGCAACAGAAAACAAGGGUGUUCGUGUGUAAUACCUACCAGCUCCCCACUUUUUUUAUUCGUCCUGUUUGCUUCCGUUUGUUGCCCUAGUGAAUAUGCCCCAGAGCGAGUCUGUCUGUCUGCUGGAAGGUUCCAGCGCUAGGCAGCAGGUACUCCGUCCAUCAUGCCAGAACGCUCCACUGUAUAAGGCCUCUGUGACGGAGAGUGAAGCGGUGUCUCACCGGUCUGUCUGUUUCAGCCCCCCCCCGUCCUCCGUCCUCUAGAGGAGACGUACAGCAACAGAACUGUCUGAGAUACAUAUCAUUACUAACGCUGGGGGGGGGGGACGACCUUCAGAGUAAUAGUUCAUAUUAUUUACAGUCGUAAUCCACCUGACUGGCCUGAUUUUUAUCAUGAGUGGUUCACUAUCGCAACACUCGGAUUCGUUAAUGUUAAUCAUGUCAAAUAUGUUAUUUAGUUACAGCUAUAGACCGCCUGUAUUUAGGUACAGCUAUAGACAGCCUGUAUUUAGGUACAGCUAUAGACAGCCUGUAUUUAGUUACAGCUAUAGACCGCCUGUAUUUAGUUACAGCUAUAGACAGCCUGUAUUUAGUUACAGCUAUAGACAGCCUGUAUUUAGUUACAGCUAUAGACAGCCUGUAUUUAGUUACAGCUAUAGACAGCCUGUAUUUAGUUACAGCUAUAGACAGCCUGUAUUUAGUUACAGCUAUAGACAGCCUGUAUUUAGUUACAGCUAUAGACAGCCUGUAUUUAGUUACAGCUAUAGACAGCCUGUAUUUAGUUACAGCUAUAGACAGCCUGUAUUUAGUUACAGCUAUAGACAGCCUGUAUUAUUGCACAGUUUUAUUUACAUUUCCUUGUCUCAAAUGUUUUAGCUUCUACGUGUGAGAAUCGAGGAAGCGUUUAAUGGUAUAUGGAUGUGAACCCAAGACGGAAGAAGUGAAAGGGUUUUAAGGCUGUGCAUUCAUCCAAAACAAAAGCAAUUACUCUUAUUUGACUUGUAUUGGUUAUGACUCCGUUUUGUAUCUGGAGCAGAACUAUGCCAACAUCCCAAAUGGCACUCCGUUCCCUAAAGUAGUGCACUAUGUAGGGAAUAGGGUCCCAUAGGGCCCUGGUCUAAAGUAGUGCACUAUGUAGGGAAUAGGGUCCCAUAGGGCCCUGGUCUAAAGUAGUGCACUAGAUAGGGCACCAUUGGGGAAAUGGAUCUGGUCUAAAGUAGUGCACUAGAUAGGGCACCAUUGGGGGACAUAGAUGUGGUCUAAAGUAGUGCACUAGAUAGGGCACCAUUGGGGGACAUAGAUGUGGUCUAAAGUAGUGCACUAGAUAGGGCACCAUUGGGGGACAUAGAUGUGGUCUAAAGUAGUGCACUAGAUAGGGCACCAUUGGGGGACAUAAAUGUGGUCUAAAGUAGUGCACUAGAUAGGGCACCAUUGGGGGACAUAGAUGUGGUCUAAAGUAGUGCACUAGAUAGGGCACCAUUGGGGACAUAGAUGUGGAAAUCUAUCCUGAAUCUACAGAGGUGAUGCUGUAACGACACACAGCACUAUAUGUUGAAUAUGUUGGAUUUAUUGUUUAUAUAUAUAUAUAUUUAUUAUUGGAUCACAGAAAGACCUCCCCCCCCCCCCCCUGGUUUUGUAGUGUGAUGUUAUAGAAGGUAUAAAAGGUCUGACGGGCAGAGAGAAAUGCUAUUUGUCAUUUUGUAAAGAUGUUCAAGUGUCUUGUUUGUGUGAAAGGCUAGAAUGGGGACACGUCCUUCCCAGAACAGAGCCGCCGCUGAAGCGUUGCUCAUCCUAGGUUGUAUCAUGUGGUGUCUAGUCGAGGUCUAGACUAGUUCACGUUCUCUCGCCGUAAUGCAGCCAAAAUACCUGGUCCUGCUUUGGUUUACAAAUGAUGAUUCUAUUGUCCUGAGGUAAUUUAAAUAAAUAAAGACUAAUUAAUAGACAUGAA